AUGGCGGCAGCGUAUCCCCAGGUCGUCCUAUUUGGUGACUCGCUGUUCGAGGGCUGCGUCGACGUCCAGGAUGGCUUCUCCUUCUACGCCGCCCUCCAGAAACAUUGCCUCCGUCGGUAUGAUGUCGUUAAUCGGGGGUUCUCGGGAUAUAACACGUCCCAGGCCCUGCACAUUUUCGAACAACUCUUCCCGGAGCCGGGCCCCGGCACGCCUGACAUGAAGUACCUGGUCAUCCUCCUCGGCGCCAACGACGCGGCGCUGCCGCUGGACGACGACAACCAGCACGUGCCGCUGGAGCAGUACAAGGCGAACCUGGCGCGGCUGGCGAGCCACCCCCGCGUGGCGGCGCACGGGUGCAAGGUGCUGCUGGUGACGCCGCCGCCGCUGGACGAGAUCCGGCGGACCGAGGUGGACGUGGCGCAGCACGGGCGGGCGACGCGGGAGCAGGCGCGCAGCGCGGCGUACUCGGCGGCGGCGAGGGAGGUCGCGGCGGAGCUGGGGGUGGUGUGCGUCGACCUGGCCAAGGCGCUCAUGGACCACGCCGUGGCCAACACGCCCGGGUGGGACGCGUCGCAGCCGCCGCUGGGGUCGGCGGCGGGCGGGCGGCGGGGGCACCUCGAGAAGCUGCUGCCCGACGGCCUGCACAUGAGCGGGGAGGCGUACCGCGUGCUCUGGGGGCUGGUCGAGCCCGAGAUCGAGCCGCGGUUCCCCAAUGCGGAUACUGUGGGCUAUGCGUGGCCUGUCUGGAGGGAUGCGCCGUGGUCGGAGCCGGGGAUGUCUGUCCUGGAGAAGAGCUCGAGCAAGUGA